GCACACUAUGAGUCACGGAAAAGUACUGCUCAAAACUGCAGAACAAAAGACAACCCCAUGGCCCAAAGUAUGUUUUGAUUGUUGGUGGGAAAGUUGAACCUUAUUGGUUCACAAUGGUCUCGUUAACGGAAUACUACAAGAUAUGGGCGUGUUCGCUAAGGAUAAGGAACUGUUCCGUGUGACUUUUUCUUCCCCCAGUACUUCAGUUGAACACAGGGACGUAUAGAGAUAUCAGCUCCAGCGUUGUGAAGAAAUUGUACUGAACUAUGAGGACGUGUAAAAUCGUGCUUUUUCUCCUUGCCGUCAUGUCACAUGUGACAUCUGGCAGCGAUCUACAAUCGCCCGAGGAGCAGCUGAUCACGAGCCUGAUGCAGGGGUACAACACCGACCGCCGGCCCGUUAGGAACGUGUCGGACGCCGUGAACGUCACCAUCGACAUCGCGGUUGCAGAAUAUCUACACAUGGACGACAGAAAUCAUAUGCUAACAGUCAACCUCUGGAUGAGACUGUUUUGGACGGACCCAUUUUUAACGUGGGAUCCAUCAGAGUACAACGGAUUGGACUUACUUCGAAUCCAGGGCAGUAAAAUUUGGAGUCCGGACAUCUUGUUGUAUAACAGUGUGUUUGACGAGGGAUUUGUGGAGAAUCCUGACUUCAAGGCGACGAUCCGGCCGGACGGUUCGGUGGCCUUUCUGUACCCAUUCACGUUCAAGGCCGCCUGCCGGGUCAACAUCGUGUACUUCCCCGAAGACAUCCAAGUCUGUCCGCUCAAAUUCGGUUCCUGGUCGUACGACGGACUUAAAGUGGAUCUCGUGAAUCGAUUCCCAAAAGGAGAUAUCGCCAACCUGGGUUCUAUGGAAGAAUGGCAGGUUACUGACCUCAUAGCAGAGAGACACGUGCACUACUACAACUGCUGCCCUGAGCCCUUCCCUGACGUCACCUUCACCCUUGUGAUGAAGAGGAGACCCCUCUACUAUCAGUACUACAUCUUUGUGCCCGCCUGUGUUCUAAUGCUGAUCAGUUUGCUGGGUUUCCUGACGCCGCCGGAGUCCGGAGAGAGGAUGACGAUGGUUCUGACGGCGCUGCUAGCUAACACAGUCAACAUGGAGGUGGUGGCAGGGCAGCUGCCGAAAACUUCAUCUUACGUGCCUAUCAUAGGGAAGUACUUCGGCGCAGUUCUGUUCGUGAAUGCCUUGGCGAUCGCCAUGAACGUGGUUAUCCUGAGCCUGCACUUCGGCAGUUUCCGCGCGCAGCCUCCCCCGGCCUGGCUCAAGACGUUCCUCCGGCUGGACGCGCCGUCAAGGUGGGCCGACUGGUUCUUCUGGAGAUGCUUCCGGCGACGCACCAUCAGCUUCCCUCCGGACGCCUCUGGAGUCACCCUGAACUCCUGCAUCUGGAAGAACCUGGAGUCGGCGCUGUCCGGCAGAACAAGCAGGAUGAAAAGGCCACACAGUACCUCUGCUAUGGAGACCACUCAUCUCACCAAGCCUUACAACGACAACAACAACAUGGACCCGGUUCUACUGGCCAAGAUGGACAUCAUCGUGAAUAACAUGAGAGCCGCCAGAAUGAGCCGGGAAGAGAAGAGGAGGAUCGAUGAAGCCUUGUACGAAUGGAGGGAGGUGGCUUCGCGUAUUGACAGGAUCUUUUUCGCUAUUUUCACUGUGAUUAUGCUCGUGGUGAACAUCGUUGUGUUCGGACAGAUCUAGAGUGAACCACGGCGUGGCGUACAGCUAAGCAUGAAAGUUUAUCUUAGUUUAUGGAUAAACUAAACUUUAACUGAUCAACACUGAAUUGAUUUACUUGAAUUUGGGUACCAUCCCGACAGAAGUUCGAUCCGGCGUUCAUUAUAUACUAUAUAAAGUCGCUUCUAGCUCUGAUAUUCAUUGAAAAUCACUAGGAGAUGUACCCUAUUCACCUUGACCUGUACUUAGCUUGUUAGAAAGCAAAAACGUACAACAAGGGUCUUCAUUCAUUCAUUGAAUACACUAUACAUAUUGCUUCUCUGUUGUUUCGUCUGUGAUUCUGGACCACGUUAACUUCUGGAAUCAUCAAAAUUUUGGACGCAGGCGCGUUCCAACAGCAUAAAAGCCAUCCGCCCCCUUGUGCAUGCAGGCACUGGCCUGUUGUCAUCAAACGAGUGCUCUAGAGCUAUCUGGCAUUUACGACCCUCUGCUGCAUUUACGAGCCUCUGCUGCAUUUACGAGCCUCUGCUGCAUUUACGAGCCUCUGCUGCAUUUACGACCCUCUGCUGCAUUUACGAGCCUCUGCUGCAUUUACGAGCCUCUGCUGCAUUUACGAGCCUCUGCUGCAUUUACGACCCUCUGCUGCAUUUACGAGCCUCUGCUGCAUUUACGAGCCUCUGCUGCAUUUACGAGCCUCUGCUGCAUUUACGAGCAUCUGCUGCAUUUACGACCCUCUGCUGCAUUUACGUGUCUCCGGCGUCACAGUCGGAAGCUACAGCAGACGGGUCCAUUCUGUGAACAAGGCUGACGGAGUCUGCUGAAAAUUUGUCCCGAGCAAUUUAGUGUUGGUCAGUUAAAGUUUAGUUUCUCCAUGCCGGAUGCCAUAAGUUUAGAUGUCAUAAGUAUGGAUGUACAAAAAUGUAUUCGAAUGACAUUACUCAAAUCAUGUCAUUAUGUAAUGGAUUAUUCAAAUGACAUUAUUCCUUUGCCACCUUUAAAGUCAUAUUUUCUUGACACACGUAAAUGACAGCUUUUGACCAGCAAGAGAAUUUUGGAUUGGACAAAAUCUUAUAUCAUGGUGUUCGAUAGCAACAGAAAAGUUGUAGAGACUAUGUCAAAAGGACAUUACUAUUACUGCGAAAGGAGCUUUACUUACCAAUAUGUUCUUAUUUAAGUCAUAUUAUAAUGGCUUACGUUAUACAUAAUGGGAAUGGAGUAUAUAUUAUAUUUGCAUGUAAUAUUGCCGUUUAAUACUGUGUAUUCUUUUCUUAACUGCAUGGGUACUACGUACUACUUGGUCCUUUCCGACUUUAUUUGUCUGGAACAUAUAUCAUUCUGCAAAUAAUGUUGCCGAAUAAUACUGUGUAUUCUUUUCUUAACUGCUUGGGUACUACGUACUACUAGGCUUGGUCCUUUCCGACUUUAUUUGUCUGGAACAUAUAUUAUAUUUGCAUAUAAUGUUGCCGUAUAAUAUUGCGUAUUCUUUUCUUAACUGCUGGGUACUAAGUACUUCUUGGUCCUUACCGACUUUAUUUGUCUGGAACAUAUAUGUUUGCAUAUAAUGUUGACGUAUUUUACUGCGUAUUCUUUUCUUAACUGUGAGGGUACUACGUACUUUUGGUCCUUACUGGUUUUGUCCAAAUAUUUGCUUGUGAAGUAAUUCUGACUGAUUGAUAUUAUAUAUUGGAACUAUCCUAUGUUAAAGCAAUAGUUGAAUAUUGCAAAUUUUAUUUAGCAUUUCAAUCUGAACUGUUUUGUAUUGUAAAGGUGUUAUCUCUAUAUGUUUAUAUAUUAUUCAAAAUACUUUUCACGUGUUGUAAAAUGGGGAGUUUUGUUUGCCAUGCUAACGACGACACUGACACUAAGGCGAUUUAUAUGACAUAUAAGUAAUAAAGAACCUUCUUUAUAAAUGUAAUAUGUAUUUAUUUGCAUGAUAGCCAACGGUUAGGGGUGGGUAUUGGUCCAGGGUAACGGUACAAACCCGAUUUUUCUUAUCAUACCGGAAAAACUGGACCUGGAAAACCUCGGUGGACCUGAUGUUGGACCUAUUAGAAAAUAAACAGAUCAUACGAUAAGGAAUUCACACGUUUUGGGGGCUUACAUGUCGAAUUUGCGAAGAGAAUAACAAAAGCGAGGCAUAGUUCAUUUCUACAAAGUUUAACAGUGAUCAAUCAUACAGAGGCAGUUAGUCUUAAAGAAUUUUAGAACUCCUGUGCAGUUGUUAAAUACUAUAGUCCACGAAACACUUCUUUGUAGCGAAAUUGACCAUUGUCAAAUUUAGUAUCCUCUAUUCACAAGUUUUCUCAUACUGAAUCAGGUUCAGGUCCGGACCUGGACCUGAUCCUCUGGACCUGAACCUGACCUGAAUUUUUUGUACCGGUACCCAUCCCUACCAUCGUCAUUUACAUUUAACUUUAUUUAGUUAUUUACGGGGAAAGUAAAUUAAUGUAAAGGUGAACCUCGGUCAACCUGCGGUCAAUGAACUUUCUGGUGCAAGUACAUAUUCGUGUCAUUCAGUACUACAUACUAGUAGUCUGUUACAGUACUUAAAAUAGUUCAGCAAUAGAGUUUGUCAUAGUUUGUAUCUUGUACCAACAACAGUUGUGCAACAAAACUUAUACUGGUUAGCUAUCAUCAUGAUUAUCAACAGCCUCUGUGACAGGUAUCUUACCAAGAAAGGCUCCUAAUGUCGAGGUAAACUACGGUCAAGCUGCGGUCGACGAACUUUCUGGUGCAACUACGUUUUAAUCUUAUUCUCUACUACAUAGUCUCUUGACUGUAAGUUCCAUCAUCAUCUUUUAUUUUUAUUAAAUGGUUUUGUAAAACUGUUCAACGAAGUUCUCCAUAUAUGACGAGAAAUCGCUAUGAUGUGUACGGUGGCUAUUUUAUCAGCAAAAUCUGGAAGUAAAUCUCUGUUAAACUGCACCAGUUCAAUGGCCUCUGCAGAAUCAGACAAUAAUUAUAUAUAAUUUUUCGGGUCCCAUUAUCCAGACGCAUGCACUGGGCGUAGUACGUUAGAA